UGCGGCGUUCGGAAGCGGCUUUGCGCGUGCUGGAAUUCUCGUGGCAUCGUUCGGCAGCGGCGUUGCGCGUGCAUCUAAGCCUGAAUCGGCAAUUUACGAUUGCAAUUUCACCGGAAUUCUUACGUGUAUCACAGCACCAUGGCUUCGAGAAAGCUGGGUAACCAGCACAUUCAAGUUUUUGUACGGUGCCGGCCCCCAAACUCAUUGGAGAAACGUAAUGGCUUCAUCAAAGCUGUUGAAGUCGUACCGGAAAAGAAGGAGAUACUUGUAACUGACCGAGUCGUUCCGGAGCGGAGCCUUCGCAAAUCGUUCACGUUUGACAAAGUAUUUGGACCUGAUGCAAAGCAGAUCGAUGUUUACCGGGCAGUCAUGGAGCCUACUAUAGCCGAGGUCACGAUGGGCUACAACUGCACCGUAUUUGCAUACGGUCAAACAGGUACCGGUAAGACCUUCACUAUGGAAGGUGAAAGAUCCAACGUGAACCUGGGCUGGGCCGAUGACCCCUUGGCUGGUGUCAUCCCACGUACACUGCAGCAACUGUUCGAAGAGCUUCAGUCCCAGGACCUUGAAUUUACGAUCAAGGUGUCCUUCCUCGAGUUGUACAAUGAGGAACUCUUUGACCUGCUCAGUGCACAUGAGGACACGACAAGGCUGAAAAUCUUCGAGGACUCCUCUCGAAAGGGUUCUGUCAUAAUCCAGGGCCUAGAGGAGAUCACGGUGCACAACCGUGAAGAAGUGUUCUUCAUACUUCAAAAGGGGGCUGCAAAACGUCAAACUGCGGCUACACUUCUCAACGCGACAUCUUCACGUAGCCAUACCAUCUUUUCGGUUACCGUUCACAUCCGCGAGACUACAGACGAUGGCGAGGAGCUGGUGAAAACCGGCAAGCUCAACCUCGUUGACCUUGCGGGGAGUGAGAACAUUGGCCGCUCGGGUGCAAUGGACAGGAGAGCACGUGAAGCAGGCAGCAUCAACCAGUCUCUCCUUACAUUGGGUCGUGUCAUAACUGCCUUGGUGGACAAGGGACCACACAUUCCAUACAGGGAAAGCAAGCUGACUCGGCUUUUGCAGGACUCUCUGGGUGGCCGCACAAAGACUUCCAUCAUCGCGACCAUCUCUCCUGACAUGACCAAUCUGGAGGAGACAUUGAGCACCUUGGACUAUGCUUAUCGUGCCAAAAACAUCACCAACCGUCCAGAAGUGAAUCAAAAGAUGACCAAGCGGGCACUCAUCAAGGAGUACACAGAGGAGAUUGAGCGUCUCCGAAGAGACCUGGCCGCAACCAGAGAUAAGAAUGGUGUUUUUGUGGACCAAGAGAACUACAGGACCAUGGAGCUGAGGCUCACCAGCCAGUCGCAAGAGAUCUUGGAAAAAGAAGCGCAAAUAGAGUCCCUAAAUGCAAAGCUUCAGACAGUUACAGAGCUCUUUGAGAGAACAAAGAAAGAAGUUGCUGAAACGACUGAACAGCUCCAGACAAAAACUGCUGAGCUGCACAGCACAAAGAUGAGCUUGGCUGCAACAGAGCAGGUGCUGUCCAAAACAAGUAUUGAGAAAGAAGAGCAGGCUUACCUUGUGCAGGCCCACUGCAAGACAGAGGCUGCACUUACUGCGACUGCUCAGGAGUUGGUUGGCGUGGCACAGACCACCACAACAGACAUUGAGUUGCUGCAGCAGAAGCUUCAGCGCACAUCUGCCAUUGACCAGACGAACAAGGAACGGCAGUAUGCCUUUGUGGCCAGCUCAAGUGUGCUGUUUGAUCAAAUUGAAUCCAGUUUCACCACACAGCUUGCUUCUCAACGGGAUACGCUCACUGGCAUUGGAGGCUCAUUCGCCUCUCUUAGCAGCCUCGUUCAGGAACAUCAAGCUGCUGUUGCUGCAUACACGUUGGAAGCCAGGAAGUUUGCAGAUGAGAGUGCGGCAGCUAAUGCCUCCAUCCUCUCAUCACUGCUGUCCAUGAUGCAAGCUUCCCAGGAGCAGCAGGCAGAUCAGAUGGCAGCCGACUUGGCCAGCAACCAAGCAAGGCUGCAAAAGCUCUGCCAAUCUCUCGUUGUGGAGCGCAUGCAAGCAGCACAAAACAAGCUGCAAGAGCUGGAAAAGCAGCAGUUAGCUCUGGGGGAGCAGGUUGCAUCGGUGUGCCGCCUUGUCUCGGAUGAGGUCACUGCGCGCCACGAUCAGCAGGUGCGCCUCGUAACAUCUAUCGUCGCGGAAAAUGACAAGUUGCAGCGGCAGUUGGUCGCCAAGAAUGAAGAGAUCCAGAGACUUUCAACUAAAGCAGAGAAGAAUAUGGCUGCUAUUAGGCAGCAGUUCGAGAACUUCUCGCAGUUCUUCUUCACAUCACAGGCUACGAACGACGACACCAUUGCCGAGAUAAGUGGACUGUCUGCUAGUAUUGCAGAAGCAGGCACUAUGCAGACAUCAGCCAUCAAGAGCAAUGCAGAAUCGCUGGCCAAGUCCUCGGAAGGCCUUGUUUCCAGCGUUGCGGCUCUGCACCAGGACGGCGCCAAGGCAACGAGCGAUUGCUUGGCUAGGGCAGAAGAGGCUGCCCGCAGCCUUUCCGACAUCCACAAGGUUGUGGAAGAGAGCGUCUCUGAUGAGGUGGCUUCCACGUCUGCAAUUCUAGCAGAGCAGAAGAGAGUUGCUGUUGAUAGAGUGGCAGCCUGCGUUAGUAGCAUGUCGGAAGCUGUCGCUGCUGGAACAGAAACUGCACAAGGCCAAGCUGACAGAGCUAAGGCCUUGACUGGCGAUUUGGAGACCACAGAGUUGCACAGCUGCGGCCAGCUUUUGUCCACGUGCCAGUGUGGCUCUGUGCAAACCGUGCAAGCACAGGACAUUGCGGAAGCUCUUCGUGCAGGCAUUGCCAACAACAUGGCAAAAUGCUCCUCAGUGGUCUCGGACUUCUUCCGGAAUGACCUACAGGAGUAUGUACCCACAGGCUGCACUCCACAGAGACGAGAGUACCGAUAUCCAACAGAGUUGGCGCAGACAUCACCUCAUGAGCGGAUCCUGAAUAGGCUCAGGACUGCCACCGAUUUUAACGCUGCAGCUCGCCUAGCGCUGCCUACAUCUGAUGAGACUGACCUGACUGCUUCACUUUUGAAACCUCAUUCAUCAUCUUCGACAGAGUCUCUGGCAUCCAAUCCGGUGAUGGACAACAAAGAAAACGUCGCCCGGACUGCCAAGCCAAGAAAACAGCAGAGAUUAACAAAAAAGCAACUGACGCAGCGUAAUGCUUAGCAUAAUACUUUUAUGUUUUUAUUCACUGACGACUGCAAGUCGAGGCAAACGUACUAAAACCAUGAGUUCGCUCAGCGUCUGGUGCCUUUCUGCAGCAACACAGGUCUUCUGCAUCAGGCAUACGAAAGUCUAUGCUUGCGUCUGACUUUUCUCAAUGUCGACUACAAUCAGUGCCACCAUUUCUUAGGUUUUUAUUUUAUACUUCUUAUGUACUGAAAAAAAAAACUAAAAAAAAAACAUAGAAAUGCAUAUUCGACAACUUCGAAUAGCAAAUUCUCAAAUUGGAUAUCAAUCGAACAGCAGAUGAUUCGAUUCAUAUGCGAAAUUUUAAAUAUUUGCCCAUUUAGAUGCCACCCAUUGUGGGAUGUCAGUUUUAAAGACUACAUUUUUAACAUGUGGCACUACAGUCUUCUAGGGUGCAUAAGCGAUACUGCAUGAGUAAGCAGCAGCAGCAACAAGUCCAACUUAACAUUUAAAGUGAUGUAUGUAUGUCUGAAUAGCUUUGUUCAAGAAUAUGCUUGUAAAUUUUGCUGAUGCACUGAUGUACAGGUGGAUGCUUCUGUACAUUCCGAGUAGCGAAGUUUGCGUUCAUUGUGUAGCCUCAUCUUUGUAUAUAGUAUUUGCAAUCAUCAGUUCCAUUUGAUGUGUUUUUAAUAAACUUUCACUUU